UUGGACUUUUGUGCGGCUCACAGCAUCCAGCUACAUCACCUGGGAGUGCUCUACAGCACGAAUGCUUGGGAUCCCAUCACCGAAGAUGUGGUGCUGCAAGCGCUGCAUCUGCUAGUACAGCCCAGCACAUACCCUGUGCUGGUCAUGUGCAACUUGGGAAGACAUCGCACGGGCACCGUCAUUGGCUGCUUGAGGAAGCUGCAGAGGUGGUGUCUUAGCGCCAUCUUGGAAGAGUACAGGAGGUAUGCUGGGCAAAAGGUCAGAGUCAUGAAUGAGCAGUUCAUCGAGCUCUUUGACGAGGAGCUCGUCUUUGGCUAG